AUGGGCCUGCACCGCGAGGCCAGUCUCAGGGGCUUCUCCGUCUUCGAGCAGGAGAACCGCCGGCGGCUCUGGUGGCAGAUUCUCAUCCUCGACAGCCGCUCAGCGCAGCUGUCAGGCGUCGCCGUGAACCCGGACUCAUAUCUCUUCUGGGACACCCGCUGUCCGCUCAACCUGAACGACAGCGACCUCGUCCCCUCCAUGCGAGAGCUGCCCGCCGAGUACGACGGACCGACCGAGAUGCUCUUCUGCCGCAUCCGGUUCGAGGUCGGCGAGUACAUGCGCAAGCUCAAGGCCCUCGAGCACCGUCAUGCGGAAGACAACAGUGCCGUGCGUCUUGCGGAGGAGAGCCAGCUGAUAGACGAGCUCGAGACCCGGCUGGAGGAGCGGUACCUUAAGAAAUGCGAUCCCUCCAUCCCCUUUCACCUGCUGGCCCUCUAUCUGGGGCGUUCCUCCGUCUGCCAGAUGCGUCUCUCUCUGCACACUCGCCAGUGGUACUCGAGCAGAGGGUCUACCCUCUCCGCGGCAGAGAAGGACCAGGUCUUCAGUCUGGGGCUGGAGAUCAUAGGAUACGACAAUCUCGCAUACUCGAACAAGGCCCUGCAGCCGUAUCGCUGGCACGUCGCCAUGGCCUUCCCGUUCGAGGCCCUCAUCCUCGUCCUCACCGAGCUGCUGGCCCGCUUCGAGGGGGACCUGGUCCGGCUGGCAUGGGAGCGAGUCAACCAGCUCUACGCUGACCACCCGGAGAUCAUCACCGCCGCAAGAACAAACACCCUCGUCUCUGCCCUCGUUAGUCUGACCACCAGGGCGUGGGACAAGCUCUCGUCCGUAACCCAGACCUCCUCCUCGCAUCUUCUUCAGCACACAACCGAGCCCGCGUCUGUAGCAAAACUCCGCAGCAUGCGCAGGGAUCGGCGCCCGUCCUCUCCCUCCGCCCAGGUGUCCCCCGUGCUCGACGAGUACCUCUCUUCCGCUGCUACUGUUGCAGCCGUGCGGGAUACGGGGGGAGAUCUUGUCCUUUCUGGCACCGCCGAGGAGCCUCCCGUCGACAUAUCGCAGAUCGACUGGAACUACUGGCAGGCCUUGAUAGAGGGGGAGGGCGCCCCUUUCCAGCGGUAG